GAAACGUGGGCAAAACCUCUGCAGCACGAGUGAAAGUAGGAUGAGGGGCUGACGUAGAGGAGGAAAAGGGUUGAAAAAAGUCCUCCGCCCACAGGGUUGGAGAGGGUCAGCAGCACGUCUGGUGAACACCAGCAGAGAGGGGGAGGACCCCUGUGCAAAAUAUUUAAGAUGCUCGGGCAGAGGAGGGCUUCACUGAAGAAAUAAAAGCGACUGCGAGUGAGCUGCUGGUCAAAAGGGGAGCUUCAGCUAAACCGGCCGACGCUUCCAGAAGCCCUCUUUGACAUUUUCAGACAGGCAGGAGCUGACCUUCCUUAAGGCCAUUUAAGAAACGCCAAAAACCUGCGGAGAGACUGACAACUUCUACAAGUCGAAAUGACUCAAAUGAAUCUGGUGAUGGUGACUUUAGGGGUGGCCCUGCUCCUGGUGGCCGAGACCUGGGCCCAGAACCCCAGGAAGAGGCUGGCCCCCCCGAAGCCCCCUAAGGGUCAGUGCUGCGACGAGGUGCGCUCGCUCAAAGUCCAGGUGGCCAACCUGACCAGCCUCCUCGAGGAGCUCGGCCGCAAGCAGGAGAGCGACCUGAUGAGCAUCGUGAGGCAAAUAAUGGAGCUGGACCAGCAGAACCGGCAGCAGGAGGCCCGGGUCACAGAGGCCGAGAGCAAGUACUCGGAGAUCAACAACCGAGUGGAGAUCAUGCAGCUGCAGACUCUCCAGUCGGCGACCCAGACCUCAUCAGAUGCCAUCUAUGACUGCGCAUCACUCUACAGCAAGAACUACAGGAUCUCUGGCGAGUACAAACUGCCCAAGGAUGAGUUUCUGGGUGCCCCCGAGCUCAGUGUCUACUGUGAUAUGGAGACGCAGGGCGGCGGCUGGACUUUGAUUCAGAGGCGCAAAGUUGGCCUGACGUCCUUCAACCGUGAUUGGAAGCAGUACAAAAAUGGAUUCGGGUCCAUCCGUGGGGAUUUCUGGCUGGGUAAUGACCACAUCUUCCGCCUAACGAGGCAGCCCAGUGUGCUCAGGAUUGAGAUGGAGGACUGGCAGGGAGAGACACGCUAUGCGGAGUAUGGCUAUUUCACUGUGGGUAAUGAGCUGAACAGCUUCAAGCUGCUCCUGGCCAACUAUAGUGGAAACGCCGGAGAUUCCCUCCGCUACCACAACAACACCAACUUCAGCACCAACAACAAGGACAACGACAAAUGUGUGGACCACUGCGCCGCGCUGCGCAAAGGGGGCUACUGGUACAACUGCUGCACGGACUCCAACCUGAACGGCGUGUUCUACCGCUACGGCGCGCACACGAAGAACACGGACGGGAUCACUUGGUACGGCUGGCAUGGCCCCAACUACUCCCUGAAGCGGGUGGAGAUGAAGGUCCGGCCGGUGGGUUUUCAGCCAUAAGAGCCUCGGCCGGAGACGUCCAGAAAGCUCCUGAGUACCUGCCCAACCCGAUCAUGGCUUUCCCUUGACUGCGAAAGGAAUGAAAUGGCUGUUUUUUUUUCUUAGAUUUCGGUCAGAUGAAUGUGUAAUGACUUUACAGAGUUUGAUUGUAAAUUGUAGCUAAUUUUGUGUAUUUAUCGGUAAAAUAUUUUUAUUUUUUAAAGGCUUUGAUAGAUGUUUUUAACCAACGUCCUUUUGGGGCCACUGGAACCUUAUUAUUUUUUUCAUUUGUCACUUUAGCAAUAGGAUGUAUUUUCGGUUAACACAAACUAAACUGUUCUGGCUGAGCUAUGAAUCAUUCUGAGUGGCAUGAGCGGUUUGGAAAUGAACCACCACAAAAGAAAGUUUGUUUUUUGUAAAACCCUCCACGUUCAUGAUGGAAAUGUGUCGUUUGUAAAAUGUGUACAGCUCUUUAAUUAUGUUGUUUGAUGUGACAGAAAAUAAAAUAUUUUUAAAAGAAACCGA